AUGAAAACAAUCGGAAUUAUUGGCGGACUCGCCUGGCCAAGCACAAUCACCUACUACUCAACCAUCAACCGUCUGGUCUCAUCUAAACUAGGCCCUGAGCACUGUGCGGAGCUCAUCCUCGUGCAAGCAGAUUUCAAAGAAAUCUUGCACUGGAUACGCACAAAGGAAUGGGAGUUGCUUGGCAAAAAACUCCUUGCACUGGCCAAGCAUUUGGAGAGCAGCGGAGCGGAUUUCAUCGUCAUUGCUUGCAACACGGUCCACAGAGCUUUGCCACUCAGUGAAAACAAAAUAGCCUUGCCGAUACUGCACAUUGUUGACGCAUCGUUAGAGAGGAUUCUCCAACUAGGUCUAAAAAGAGUCGGGCUUAUUGGCAGUCCUCUCACUAUGACAGACGAGUAUUUUGCCGGGCGGCUUGCAGACCACCAGGUUGAAGUUGUGCCGCCGAGCAAGGACGACCAGAGGACGAUUCAUGACGCGUUGAGGAAUGAAUUUGUGCAAGGCCUUUUCCUGCCAGAGACACGAGUCCGAUUCAAGGAGGUUAUUAGUCGGUUGGCAGAGGAAGGAGCUGAGGCUGUUAUUCUUGGAUGUACGGAGUUUGGAAUUCUGCUCAAGGAAGAAGAGAGCCCUGUACUACUAAUAGAUACGGCGGUUGUGCAUUGUGAGGCUGCUGUGAGUAUGGCGAUGGUUUAG